AUGCAAGCAGCAAUGCAAUCUCAAGCAAGUAUUGCUGCAGUAGCUGGUUUCCCUAUAGCAGCUGCAGCCGGAAUCAUAGAUCCAAAUCGAGGAUACUCCAUGUCAACAGGAUCUCAAAGAAGUUUACCUGCCAAUGAUCCAAUGUCAUUAUGGUCACAAGCAAGUGCCACAGGAAUGUAUAAUAAUUCAAAUAUAGAUGGUAAUGCUAAUAAUCAACAAAAUACUAAUUACAGUAAUAGUCAUUUAAUGACUUCCGUAACUAAUCCCUAUAAUGCAUCUGUAUACAGUUGGAAUAACUCUACCUCUUCAACAUCAUUUCCAUCACCCCAAUCAACAAAUCCAUUACAUGGACUUGGAGGUACAAAUACUACAACAACAUCAAGACCAUCAUCAACAACAGAAACUUCUGGAAAUACUUCAACAUCAAGUAGUGCUACAACAAAUAUUUCAUCUCCAUUCUCAUCCGGUUCUUUCCCAGGUACUGUACCAACAACUUCUAAUAAUCCAACAACAAAUACCAAUAAUGAAGGAAGAAGUGGUAGUAAUUCUGGAACUGACCAAAAUAAUGAAACAAUUAGAAAUAAUGCACAAAAUAAUGUUGAAAAUAAUCGAAGUACAGUAACAGCAACAGAUGCAUUACAAAGAUGUUUUCCACCAACAAAUAGUUUUGAAAUGAUGCAAAGAAUGAAUCCUAUGUAUUCAAAUGACAUUGCCACAGCAGCAGCAGUUGCAGCAGUUAGUGGUAAUAAUCCUUGGCAACCAUAUUCUUAUAAUACCUACGGCUACAAUCCCCUCCUCUCCCAACAAUAUCCUGGUUAUUUCUCAGCUCAAGAUCUUAGUGUAGUAGGAGACCAUUCAUCAUUAGAUUGGACAGGAUCACAUAGUCGUGAUCGGAAGAAACGUAAACCAUAUACAAAAUUUCAAAUAUUAGAAUUGGAAAAAGAAUUUGCCUACAGUAGUUAUGUUAAUAAACAGAAACGCGUAGAUUUGGCACAACAGUUACAGUUAACAGAAAGACAAGUCAAAAUUUGGUUUCAAAAUCGGCGUAUGAAAGAUAAAAAAACAAAAGCUAGAUGUUUUAAUAUGACGAUGCCUGUUAGACAAGCGUGUAUCAAUUCUGAAUAA